AUGAAAUUAGUGGUCGAAAAGAAGCUCAAGUACAUCAAUGGCUAUGAUCACCCUGACAUUCUAGCCGGACAAGGAACGAUUGGUUUGGAAAUUCUCGAGCAGGUCCCAGAUGUUGACGCCAUAGUCGUGCCUGUCGGUGGUGCUGGUCUAAUCGCUGGUAUAGCUGUUGCUGUGAAAACGCUCAAACCUCAAGUGCAGAUCAUUGCAGUGGAAUCAGAUUCAUGCCCAUCUUAUACAGAAGCUAUCAAAGCUGGAAAACCAGUUAUGGCAAAAGUCAAGAGUACACUGGCUGAUGGUCUUGCUGUACCAAUGGUUGGUGGCAAUGCUCUGGCUACUCUAGAAGGUAUUGUUGAUAAAUCCGUGGUUGUUUGUGAAGAAUCGACGGCCCUAAGCAUCUUGAGGCUCAUCGAGAUGGAAAAGGCCAUUGUCGAAGGUGGUGGAGCAGUUGGUCUAGCAGCACUGAUGAGCGGUAAACUACCAGAACUUCAAGGAAAGAAAGUGGUCACAAUUCUUACCGGAGGUAACAUUGACACCACAGUACUGGGACGUACAAUCGAACGAGGUCUAGCUGUUGAUGGUAGACUUAUUCGUCUUGAAGUCGUCGUAUCUGAUAGGCCUGGAGGCAUUGCUGAAUUGGCGACGAGAAUUGCUCAUAUGGGUGCCAGUAUAAAGGAUAUCUUCCAUGAGCGAGCUUGGAUUGCUACAGAUGUGUUCUCAGUAAGGGUAGGUCGCGAACGUACAAUUUAUUAUUUUCAGACCAUAUAA